AUGCGCAUGAAGAACAGGUACUUAAACUUUUCGCCGGAUCAUCACUUCGGGAGUGGAGAGAAGAUGACACUGAACGACUUCAUUCAGCGCCAUCAGAAGAUGGACAAGCGGGAGGUGAAGGCAGAGGGCGUGGACAGUGACGGCAACCCCGUGAAAUUCACCUACACGCUGCACGAGAAUCCCAUCGAAGGGCAGGAGCCGGACGGAGAUGUAACGGCUUGUGUCGAGCUGUCGCUGAAGUUUGUGCGUGCUGUCGACAAGGAGCUGGAGUGGCGGAUGAAGGACCUGGAGGAGCUGGAGGGGUGUAAGCUAUUUCGCGUUGUUUUCCCAUCUGCUUCUGCUUUAUUCUGA